GCAAACAAACAAGUGGUGCAUCAGUAAAAAGAAGUAUUCCCGUAUAAUAUUUGAAAGUGAUCACUGGCAAUGAGCAGUUUCACCUUGAACAAGUAACUGGUGGUGGUGGUGGUGGACGUGGCGAGGAGAACGAACAGAUCACCGCGGGUCCUGCUCGGCUCCUGAGGCACGCCAUACGCUCUCCACCUCGCCCCUACUACAGAAUUCUUUUAAGGACUCACAGCACCAGCUUUAACCACCAAAAUGACAUCUGGCGGCCCUCCCAUUGACACCAACUGCAUGUCGCUGACUCGCUUUACAUUGGCCGAGCAGAAGAAAAUCCCGCACGCCUCCGGUGACCUCACCCAACUCCUCGUCUGCAUCCAGACAGCUGUAAAAGCCAUUUCCUCGGCUGUGAGGAAGGCAGGGAUCGCAAAAUUAUUCGGCAUGGCGGGAGAUGUGAACGUGCAGGGCGAGGAGGUCAAGAAGUUGGAUGUGCUAGCCAACGACCUCUUUAUCAACAUGCUGAGUUCCUCCUACACCACCUGCCUGUUGGUUUCAGAGGAGAACAAAACCGUAAUAGAGGUGGAGAGGGAACGUCAGGGGAAAUAUGUGGUGUGCUUUGAUCCCCUUGAUGGUUCCUCUAAUAUUGACUGUCUGGUGUCCAUUGGAUCUAUUUUCUCCAUAUACAGGAAGUCAACAGACACGGACCCCAAUGUAAACGAUGCCCUCCAGCCUGGCAACAGUAUAGUGGCUGCAGGGUAUGCCCUCUAUGGUUCUGCCACAAUGAUGGUUAUCUCUACCGGCAAUGGUGUCAACGGCUUCAUGUUGGACCCGAGCAUUGGAGAGUUUGUGCUGACUGAUCCCAACAUGACAAUCAAGGAGAGAGGGAAGAUCUACAGUCUGAAUGAGGGCUAUGCUAACCUGUGGGAUCCUGCCGUUUCAGAAUUUGUCAAGGGCAAGAAGGAGAAGAAGGCAGGUGCUCGCUACAUUGGCUCAAUGGUGGCUGAUGUUCACCGCACCAUCAAGUAUGGAGGCAUUUUCAUGUACCCUGCCACAGCUGAUGCCCCCAAGGGAAAGCUGCGUCUCCUCUAUGAGUGCAACCCAAUGGCCUUCCUGGUGCAGCAGGCUGGAGGCAAGGCCACAACAGGGAAGAUGCCCAUCCUUGACAUUAUGCCAACAGACAUCCACCAGCGCACACCUAUCUUCUUGGGCUCUGCUGGUGAUGUGCAGGACAUUAUUGAUCUGUACAAAAAGCAUGGUUUGUAGUAACACCUGUUAUCUUGAACAAGAAAUGAUAUUUGAAUGGCUGAAUGAUUUUAACUUGUGUCAUUUUACUUUAUGCUAAAUCUUGCAAGCAGUGCAAUAAGUUCUGAACUAUACUCAGAAAUGGAGGUAAAAGUAUGUAUGGUAGCAGAUGCCUAAUGGUGUGGCUAAGUGUAUUUUUGUUGUCUGUAUGGACUGAGACUAACAUUUUCCAUUUUUUCUUUUUUGUUUACACGUUAUGAUCAGUCCAGCGAAAUAUUACCAUUCUACUUCAAACUCAAGCUCUUAUGUAAUGCUGUUAUGGAGAAUAAAAGGUUAUAAUGA